AUGCGCUUCUCCGAGCGGGACCGCCGAAGAAGCGGAGAGGGGGCGAAACGUCCCGAGGCGGCGGCGCUGGCGCGGGGCAGCACUCCAGGGCGCGUGGCCCUGCGGCCGGGAGCUGGCGGGAAGCGUGUCCGGCCCCGCAGCGUUCCGAGUUUGCCAGGUCUCAGCCUCUCCGAGGAGCCCUACGGAAGCGGCGGCUACGAGGGCAUCGCCGACGCCAUCACCUGCCUCAACCUCAAGGGCACGUACGAGGCCGAGGUGCUGCGCGAGGCCGCGCGCGGCUGGAAGGAGGCCCGGAGCAUCCUGGAGAAGGAGGGCGCCGGGAAGCCCGUGGCCCGCAGCAAGACGCUGCCGCCCCAGGUGCCGCCCCGCACCUACGGCCCCCGCUGCAACCGCAAGAACCUGGCGCCCGGCAAGAACCGCCGCGUCUCCGUGGAGCCCCUCCCGCCCCGGCCGCACUCCUUAGGCAACGGCUACGAGCUCUUUGAGGUCUCCGAGGAGCGCGACGAGGAGGUGGCCGCUUUCUGCCACAUGCUGGACGUGCUGCGCUCGGGCUACAGCACCCAGGACUAUUCCCUCACGGGCUACGUGUGGAGCACGGUGAACCUCAGCCCCGAGCACCUGGGCCACGGCGUGAGCCUCAAGGUGACCGUGGUGUGUGACAGCCUGCGGGAGCCGCUCACCUUCACCUGCGACUGCUCGUCCACCGUGGACCUGCUCAUCUACCAGACGCUGUGCUACACGCACGACGAGCUGCGCGCCGUCGACGUGGCCGACUUCGUGCUCAAGCUCUGCGGCCUGGAGGAGUUUCUGCAGAACGAACACCCGCUGGGCAGCCACGAGUACAUCCAGCACUGCCGGAAAUUCGACAUGGACAUCCGCCUGCAGCUGCUCAGGAGGACGGCCGUGCGCAGCGACCUGGCGCGGACGGGGAGUGCGGCCGCCGCCGGGCAGCCGGCCUGCGCGCCCUGCAUCCCAGUGCACUCUGUGUCCUGCUGCACUCUGCAUCCCUCUGUGCUUGCACCCCGCUGCGCUCUGCAUCCUUCUGCACUCUGCAUCCCACUGCACCUUCCUCUGCCCUCCGCAUCCCUCUGCACUUAA